UCGCGCGUAAAGUUGUGUUGACAGGAGCGGCAGCAGGAGUUGUCAGCGGAGCAGUAGCAAGCUUCAUCGAACCCGAAUGGAGUAAUCACAAAGCUAACAUCAAACAGGCGUCUCUUUUUAAAUUCAGAAGCGCUGUUUAUACCAUUUAGACCACGACCAUGGCAGAUGACCAGUCCUCUCAGCCCUGGUCCAUCGACAAGGAUGACUAUGAACUCAAUGAGGUGAUAGGAAGUGGAGCCACUGCAGUUGUCCAGGCAGCUUACUGCAAGCCGAGAAAGGAGAAGGUGGCCAUCAAACGAAUCAACCUGGAAAAGUGUCAGACUAGCAUGGAUGAACUUCUGAAAGAGAUUCAGGCUAUGAGCCAGUGCCACCAUCCAAACAUUGUGUCUUAUUAUACCUCCUUUGUGGUGAAGGAUGAGCUGUGGCUGGUGAUGAAGCUGCUCAGUGGUGGCUCGGUGCUGGACAUCAUCAAGCACAUCAUCUCUCGCGGUGAGCAUAAGACCGGUGUGUUGGAUGAGGCCUGCAUCGCCACCAUUCUGAAAGAAGUCUUGGAGGGGCUCGAGUACCUCCACAAAAACGGGCAGAUUCAUCGUGAUCUAAAGGCUGGAAAUAUUCUUCUCGGGGAUGAUGGCUCUGUGCAGAUAGCUGACUUUGGUGUGAGUGCCUUUCUAGCAACAGGUGGAGACAUGACGAGGAACAAGGUUCGGAAGACGUUUGUGGGGACGCCGUGCUGGAUGGCCCCAGAAGUCAUGGAGCAGGUCCGUGGCUAUGACUUCAAAGCUGACAUCUGGAGUUUUGGGAUAACUGCUAUUGAACUGGCCACUGGGGCAGCACCAUAUCACAAAUACCCACCAAUGAAGGUGUUGAUGCUGACUUUGCAAAACGACCCUCCCUGCCUGGAGACGGGUAUUACAGAUAAGGAAAUGGUGAAGAAGUACGGAAAAUCGUUCAGGAAGAUGCUGUCUCUGUGUUUACAGAAAGAUCCUGAAAAAAGGCCAACUGCUGCCGAGUUGCUGAAGCACAAAUUCUUCACGAAAGCCAAGAACAAUGAGUUCCUACAUGAGAAGCUCCUGUAUAAGGGUCCAACAAUAACAGAGCGAUCUAAAAAGGUGCGUCGUGUGCCUGGCUCAAGCGGCCGUCUCCACAAAACGGAGGAUGGUGGCUGGGAGUGGAGCGAUGACGAGCUGGAUGAGGAGAGCGAGGAGGGCAAAGCUGCUGUAGCAGCUCUGCGGUCACCAAGAGUGAAGGACGGGCCCCAGAAUAUGGAGCUUUUCCCACCAGCAGAUGGCUCCAGUGCACAUCUGCAGCCACCUGGCGUGGCACAUGAGAGAUCUGCGAAUACAGGUCCAACAGGAGAAGACGUGGCACCACAGGCUCCCGCUCAGACAGCGAGCCCUUCACACGGGCCCGCUGUUCAGGAUCCAGCUGCCUCAUCCAGCGUUCCCAUCAGUCUCGUCCUGAGAUUGAGGAAUUCCAAGAAGGAGCUCAAUGACAUCAGAUUUGAGUUCAUGCCUGGCAGAGACUCUGCUGAUGGAGUUUCUCAGGAGUUGGUCUCAGCUGGUCUGGUUGAUGGAAGGGACUUAGUCAUCGUUGCUGCCAAUUUGCAAAAGAUUGUUGACGAUCCACACAGUAACAAAAAUGUGACCUUUAAACUGGCGUCUGGCGUGGAAGAGUCUGAAAUUCCCGAUGAUAUUAAACUCAUUGGAUUUGCGCAGCUCAGUAUCAGUUAAGUCCAACCAGAGCCAGAUACAAAGGACAGAAAUAAAUGGUAUGGCACAGCUGCAUUGUAGUCAAUUCCAAAAACCACUUCUGCCAAAGGGAGGAGGAGGAAAUGAUGAAGAGAAGGAGGCAUAAGCCUGGUAGGAGUGUAACACUACUGCAGCAUGCACGAGGACCACAUUGAGGGGGUUCAGUUCAUCACAGGAGUCACUCUUGAAAAGUUUACAGUGCGCUUAUACGAGGGGGAAGAGAUGCAAUCAGAUAUCAGUUCCUAAUUUCUUUCUGUUUCCAUUUUUGUCUUCAUACACAAGCACAAUCCAAGCCGUCUCCUGCCAGUACUGGAAAUUAUUGCCUUUUAUUGUUUUAUAAAAAAAAACAAAAAACAAUUAACUGUGCCACAAAACUCUGAAGUGUCGUGCCACCUUUGUGUGGCACUUUAUGAUACAUUGAAAUCAAAAAGCAAGUUCAGCCUUAGUUACUUUAGACUUUACCAGUGUAACUGGUGGCAGUUUGUGUACUCUGUGUAUUUCACAUGUACGCCUAAGAAAAUCCCCAUAAUAUCGAUACAGAUAUCUGUCGUAGCAUAGGUUUUUUGUUUUUGUUUUUUUUGAAAGUCCAUAAAUUCCGGUGAACUUUUACCUGUUAUGUCAAAAAGGAUCCAGCCCGAGGCAGUGUGAUCAGUUCUCUCCUCCGCAGUAUCUGUGGUGGUUUUGUUAAAACAUAACCAAGGAUUUUAAGCUCUAACUGCACUGCUUAAAUCAACUGUAGCCCCUCUGUCCCACACCAACACUCACAGUACCACACUCGGUCAGUUGGCAUUUAUCCCAAGGUAUUAAAGACACAUUAUUUUCACAGGUUGAGGGAAUGCCUGAUAUUCUUGUACUAUGCAAUAGCUGUUUUCUUUUCACGGUAUGUGGUCACUGGUUACUAAUCAUUUCAUUUGUGUUGGAUACAUUUUCUUUCUUUUUUUCAUACCUCAUAAGGAGCUCAUAACGAGUCAACCAGCCAAACUGACAUCGCUAAGAGCCCAUUGUAAGAUUUAACAUUCAUAUCCACAGACACGGGUAAUGACUGCUU